CUAGUCUUUGCAAGACUGGCAAUUCAAACCAUAUCAGAUAAUUUAGAUCUAAGAGACGACUCUCGACUGAGAAGCCUUGAUAUAAGGUGUAUUCGCAGCCUAAAUGGAUGUAGAGUUACUGAUGAAAUUUUGCAUUUAGUGCCAAAUAAAGAAACUUUUAGACUCACCCUAAGAGCAGUCAAAUUAUGGGCAAAACGACGUGGUAUUUAUUCCAACAUGCUGGGAUUCCUUGGUGGUGUCUCGUGGGCAAUGCUAGUUGCAAGAACUUGCCAAUUAUAUCCAAAUGCAGCAGCUUCUACUUUAGUUCAUAAGUUCUUUUUAGUUUUUUCCAAGUGGGAGUGGCCAAAUCCUGUGCUGCUGAAGCAACCAGAAGAAAGCAAUUUGAAUUUGCCUGUUUGGGAUCCUCGGGUAAAUCCAUCAGAUAGGUAUCAUCUCAUGCCCAUAAUCACCCCUGCCUACCCACAGCAGAAUUCUACGUAUAAUGUGUCCACCUCAACUCGAACAGUAAUGGUAGAAGAAUUUAAACAAGGUCUUGCAGUCACAGAUGAAAUCCUUCAAGGGAAAUCAGACUGGUCCAAACUACUUGAGCCACCAAAUUUUUUUCAAAAGUAUAGACAUUAUAUAGUAUUGACUGCCAGUGCAUCAACAGAAGAAAACCAUCUAGAGUGGGUUGGAUUAGUAGAAUCUAAAAUUCGUGUGCUUGUUGGAAACUUGGAACGAAAUGAAUUUAUUACUCUUGCCCAUGUAAAUCCCCAAUCAUUCCCAGGAAAUAAGGAACAUCAUAAAGACAACAAUUACGUAUCAAUGUGGUUCCUUGGAAUAAUUUUUCGGAGAGUAGAAAAUGCAGAAAGUGUUAACAUAGACUUGACCUAUGAUAUACAGUCGUUUACUGAUACAGUGUACAGACAGGCAAAUAAUAUAAACAUGCUAAAGGAAGGAAUGAAAAUUGAAGCAACUCAUGUUAAAAAAAAGCAACUUCAUCACUACCUUCCAGCAGAGAUUCUUCAAAAGAAGAAAAAGCAAAGUCUUUCUGAUGUUAGUCGAAGUUCAAGUGGACCACAGUCCAAAAGAUCAUCUCUAGAUAGCAAUUGUUUGGAUAGCUCCAGGGACACUGAUAAUGGAACACCUUUUAAUUCCCCAGUGUCUGCAAACAAACCUUCCAAGCCGGACAUUCCUCCUUCAGGAGAAAUAGAAAGGAAUAAUGCUGAGCCUGCUGCUGUCAUUGUGGAAAAGCCACUGAGUGUCCCACCAGCACAAGGACUAUCUAUCCCAGUCAUUGGUGCAAAAGUUGAUUCUGCAGUAAAAGCUGUAUCACCCCCAGCUGUGUGCACCAUUCCUACUGUAGUAGGACGAAAUGUCAUUCCUAGAAUCCCAACACCCCACAACCCUGCUCAGGGACAACCACAUCUUAAUGGAAUGUCAGCUAAGAAUGUUACACACAAGAGAUCCCAUUCCCCAUCCGUAGAUGGGUCUUCUAAGAGGUUGAAAGACAUAGAAAAGUUUAUUCGACUUGAAUCAACGUUUAAGGAAUCACGUGCUCCUGAAGACAGAAAAAGAAAAGCAAUGGAUGCCAUUGGAGGAGAAUGUAUGCCUAUUCCAACUAUUGAUACAUCACGCAAAAAGGUAACAAAGUCUUAUUCAUAGGUGAUUUACAGGUACAAAAAGCUUAAGAUCCUUGCACUGAGUGAAAGAACAGGAUGGUAAGAUUUUGUUCCUGUCCUCAAAGACCAGCAGUAUAGUUGGGAGUUGGGGUAGAAAUAGCAAUGUCUGGUCAUUAAAUAUAUGUACCUCAGAAGGGAGGAAAAGAGGAAAUAGUUUAAGACUUCACUACUUAUUCAGAUAAUGUUCAGCCUUUGUUUAUUUUUAAAGAAGUUUAGUGCUCAGCACAGUAAUUUCUUACCAACACUUGAUAGUCUAUUUUUGUUGUAUACCACUGCUUACUAUCAAAACUUAGGCUUGGUACUUAUUAAUAUUUUGGAAGAGCCAAAUGUAUCAGUAUUCAUAGUAAGUACUUUUAAAACAUGAGCUAAAGAGCCCCUAAACCUCAAUUUAAAAAUUUAUUUUUCGGGUGCCUGGGUGGCUCAGUUGGU